AUGCUUCAACAGGUGGAGGCUUUGCAGUUUGCUCCAAAGCCUGAGGUGACGGAGUCCCUGCAGAAAGGCUACCUGAAGCUUUGGCGACAACACGCCAAAUGCAUCUCAGAAGCUCAGGAGCUUCGGGGCUUGGAGCUGCUGAAUGAGCUGGGUGCCCUGAAGGCCACCACCCGUCAGGCGUUUUGGAGAGCUCGGGGGCGCUCCUUCUUGGGGCUCCAAGUCGUGAUGGGCCAUCGAAAGCGAUGGGCAUUGGACGCCUCCGGCUUACUGCGUGUGGACCCCUUGUUGGAGAAGCAGCCUGAGCUGGGUGUACUAGGCACUGAGCGGGCUUUGAGAUUCCUUGGCUUCCGCACAGGGCGUUUCCAAUCGGCAAGGCCUCACAGGAAGGAUCGCCUUCGACAGCGCCACUGGAAGCGGCGGUUGACGACUGUGAGGUGUAAUGCCUUUCGUGGGCGUUUGCCAGUGAGACGCUUGCUGGUGGGUGAAGCAGAUCAGGCAGCCUGGAUUUCCUACUCUUUGGUGUUGGAUCGGUUGAAAGAUUGGGAGGCGCAAAUUGUUCACCAGCUGUGUGCUGGUCGAUGCAUGGCCAGUGGUGGCCCAGAGAGCAUUUUAUUGCCCCCGACGAAGUGGUCUGACAAAGCAACACAUGCUGAGCGAGUGGCACUCUCCUCCAUGGUGAACUUCUUCGAAGACGCGCGACGGAUUCAAGGAGGGGUGCUCCUCCAUACGUCGGGAUCGCUAUGUAUCUCUUGCUUGGCUGCUUUCUGCCAUUGCAAGCGCCUCUUCCCACAACUGCGCUUUGAGAUCAGCUGGGAUCCGCUUUCAGAGUCGCAGCGAUGGGCCAUCGGUGAAAAAAAGUGA